AUGCCUACACAACAAGAACAUCAAUAUGCAUCAAGUUCAACUCAUGAAGCAUCAAAUAUUUUUCAAAGACAAGCACCAGUUAUUAAUGUAAAUGUUCCAAAUCAAUAUCAACGUAGUCAUUCGGCUUCACAAUUUGAAGGACAACCAGGUAUUUGUAAAACUUUUCAUGGAUCAUAUACAGAUUUAGCUGGUACAAAUGGUGCAUAUACAACUGGUAUUAAUAAUGAUUAUUUAGCUGCACAACGAGGACAACAAUAUACAACUAGUUCAACACAUGACAUUGGAAAUAUCUAUCAAACAGAAGGUUCAAUUGUUAAUAUAAAUGUUCCAAAUCAAUUUCAACAUAGUCAAUCGGCUUCUCAUCUUGAUAUACAACAGGGUGGUCAUGGUGGUGGUAGUAGUGGUCAUAGUUUUCAUGGUUCAUAUUCGAAUUUAAUUGGAACAAAUAAUGCAACAACUAUUAGUGCUGAUCAACAUAAUCAAGAUAUUCUUCGACAAACAUUCGAACAAACAACACAAUAUUCAGGUAUACCACCUCAUGGUCCAACACAAAUUGAAAUACUCGAUACAGCUGUUAAUCCUUGUUGGCAAAAAACUGAUCAAUCAACAUUAAUGCGUCGUUAUGGUCGUCCAGCAUUUGAAAUAGUUCAUAAAAGUGAAGAAGUUGAACAACAAAUGUAUCAUGAACUUCGUCAACGAGCAAGUACUAGUGGUAUUAUAAGAUCUGCUUCAACAGUUAGUUAUGGAUCAGGUUCCGGUAUAGGUAUUAGUGGUAGUAGUAUUACUCAAUAUUAA